AUGGUAGCCGUGACCCUGUCAAAGUCGAGGAGGAGGAAGCCGCCUUCCAAAAUUCGCGACUCCGCCGUGGAAGAGGACAGUGAAGAAGCGGUGUCUCGUGAGCGCUAUCGGUGGAGAACGAGAACGCGCCAAAGGCAAAGGGCAAGGGGAAGCAAACAGCGAGGAAAAGUGUUCCGGGGAGCACGUCGUCCCUCGGUGCUGAGAAGGAGGGGAAAGCUGCCAACGUGGAUGACAGUGGGUGUGCCGAUGCUAUCUCCACGGCCUCCACGGCGAGUGCCACGUCUUCCGCCGAUUCCCGAGACGGGGACAAAGCCGGCGAGGGGAAAGAGGAGAGUCUGGCCUAUAGCUUGA